AUGUUCAAAAAAUUCAGUAAAAUUGGAGAAACUAUAAAACUAUAGGCUAAUUAAUUAGUUUCAGUUUAAACAGUAUUAUCAAAUGCAAUUUAAUAAAUACAACCUAGAAGUGGACGAAUAUUAUAUUAUGGAUGUUUAGCAACAAAAUGUGAGAUAGGGAAAAUACUAUAUAAGACGAUAGAUACUAAAUUAUUUGACAUAGAUUAAGAAAAAUUUUUUUAUUAACCUAGUGAUCAAGCUUUGUGA